CCGAUGCUCCUGGUGGACACGCACAGCACGGAACGGCUCAGCUCAGUCGGCUCCCUGCCUGCACACAUCAGCGCGGACCGGCUUCAGCUCUGUUCCGAUAGGGAAUACAAGUUUGGUGAGAGUUUAUUGUUUUUCCCCUUCUUCUCCUUAUCUGGCUCGGAGCGGCAUCACGGAGCCUUCUGCACUCAGUCAGCAUGUCGGAACUGUCCGUGAAUGACCACCUCGAAGGGAUUUUAUCCGAUUUUGAAGCGCUGAAGAGAUCCUUCGACAUCGAAGAUGUGGAUGACAUACCAUCCUUCUCCUCAGCUUCACCCAUCUCCACCCCCGUUUCUCCCUCUUCCCCCCAUUUCUUCCUCCACCACAACAAAGCCAGCGAGGGGCGGGGAGGAGCUGGCCAGUCCCCUUCGUUAGCCUUCAACAACAACAACAACAACAGCAGCCUGGGCUCCACAGCCCACCACUCCCGCAUCAGCCUGACUUCUAAUCCCAGCCCGGCGCUCAAGUCCCGUAGCGUAGUCGGCAGCCUGUCCUUCAACCGAGGAACCAUGAACAAGUCGGCCCUCCACAACAAUGGUCCUUCCGUCACAAGGGCUGCAUCCUUCCAGAGCAGGUUAAACCCAAACGGUUACUCCAUUCUGUCUGGGCCAGGAAGUGACGACAGCCUUCACAGCUCCACGUCCAGCCUGGAGUACUCCGGUGGGGGUGGCGGUGCCCUCCCUUUUACCAAGCUGGGGUCAUAUCACAGCCCUCCGCCUCAGGGGGAGUACCACCGAAGCCAGCCCCAGCUCCCAGCUCCACAACCGCACCGUGAGGGAGGUGCCGACUUGGAAAAUAACCUUAACCUGAAGACGUCUCAUGGGGUUGUUUUCCACUCCGGGAUGGACCAGGGCCCAGGGAUGAUGCUGGGUGUUCCAGAGCCUCGGGGGGUGAACCAUGGCUCCAUGCCGAGCCUAGACGCCCAAAUUCAUAAUGGAGGAGGAGGAACGGUGAGUAUGCAAAGAGGUGGAGGGGGAGACAGGAUGUCACCAGGGUUGAGGUAUGCCGGCGCUAAUGCCAACUGGAGUGGUCGUAUUCAUAAUGCCAGUUCCUUCGGGGAGGAGGGCUACGGUAGCCCCAAAAACCAGUACCAGCAGCAAGGCCCCCAGGUCCUCAAGGCUCCCCAGCCCAAGGCCAAAGAGACUUCACGUCUCGGCAAGUUUCCCUUGGAUCUCGACAGCUUGGUAAGCAGCAUCUCAACCACCUCUCUCGCCAAGACUCAGGGAGGAUCCACGAGCCCCAACCCGCCCAAGCCUCCGCCAAGGAGCACAGGAGGCUUCCAACACCACACCAGCCCACCAUCCACCUCGGCCAGCCCCUCAGCCUCUCUCAGCAGCCUGGACAGUUCUUCUGACACCCCGCCCCUCUCCCUCCACCAUCCCUUUUUGCCGUUCUCCCCACACUCUCUGACUCCUCUGCAGGGUUCAAUUCCUGUCCCAGAGAUGAGUUGCUCCCCGGUGUCCUUUUCUCCAGCCCAGAGCCCCCAACUGCAGCUUCUCUCAGGGCCCCAAGUUGUCCAGGUGGUCCCGAACCUGUCUAACCCUUCCAGCCCCGCCAGCUCCAGAGCCAUUUGGUCUGUGGAGGAUGGCCCAGGUGAUGGCAGAGAUAUUGUAGGCUCAAUCUUACAGAGGAUCGCUUCCUACACCCAGCAUGUCAUCACCGACACCAGCCCAGCAGCUGUGACCCAACCCCCUAUACACAACGGUGGGUUGUCAUCUGAAUAUGGGUGUCCUGAGACCACGAACAUGCCCACAUGGAAACAGGGAAAGAAGAAACCGAAAGAAACUGCGGGAGAGCUGGAGACAGACCCGCUCAGCCCAAUGGAGGAGAGUGAGGAGAAGGAGAGGGGCAUCAUGGGACAAGAGCAAGAAGAUGAGGGCAAGUGCCGAGAAAAAGCAGCCGGCAUGAACACCCAGAAUUCCGUGCCAGAUGUAGAAGAGGUUCGUACAGAGCCGGAGGAGAAGGGAAUGGAGGAAGGAGAAAUGAAGAAGGAGAUGGAGAUGGAGCUUGAGGCAGAGGUGAAGGUGGAGCUGUGCCAGUCAGGACCAGGCCUGCAGAUGAGCUUCAUCCGAGGCACUGACCUGUUUGGCUACGUGGGCAUCGAGGCAGUGCUGGACCAGAUGAGGCGCAAGACCAUGAAGGUCGGCCUGGAGUUCAACAUCAUGGUGGUCGGUCAGAGUGGUUUGGGAAAGUCCACGCUGGUCAACACUCUGUUCAAGUCCAAAGUCAGCCGGAAGUCCUGCACGCCCAACUGCGAAGAGAAGAUCUCCAAAACAGUCAAACUGCAUUCAGUCAGCCACGUGAUUGAGGAGAAGGGCAUGAAGAUGAAGCUGACGGUGAUCGACACGCCAGGAUUUGGGGACCAAAUCAACAACGAGAACUGCUGGGAGCCCAUUGUGAAGCACAUCAAUGAGCAGUAUGAGAAAUACCUGAGAGAGGAGCUGCACAUCAACCGCAAGAGGAGAAUACCUGACAGCAGAGUCCACUGCUGCAUCUACUUCCUCCCCGCCACUGGACACAGGUUACGCCCCAUCGAUGUUGAGUUCAUGAAGAGGGUGGGAAAGAUAGUGAGCAUCGUACCUGUCAUUGCCAAAGCCGAUACACUCACCAUUGAGGAAAGACAGGAGUUCAAAGAGAGGAUAAGGCAAGACUUAGCAGCCAAUGGGAUUCGGGUUUACCCCCAGAAAGAGUAUGAUGAUGAUCCAGAGGAACGCAUCCUCAACGACAGGAUCAGGGAAAGCAUUCCCUUUGCUGUGGUGGGGACGGACAAGGAGCACCAGGUGAAUGGAAACAAGGUGCUGGGACGUAAAACAAAGUGGGGAAUCAUUGAAGUUGAAAAUGUGGCGCACUGUGAGUUUGCCAACCUGAGAGAUCUACUCAUCAGGUCCCACCUGCAGGACCUGAAAGACGUGACGCACAACAUUCACUAUGAGACCUACCGUGUACGACGGCUCAACGAGAGCAACAUGAACUUCAGUGAACUGGGACUGUCCGCCCGGCCGCUGGAGAACGGAACUGCUGACAUAAGCGAAUCAGAGAGCCACCUCUGAUCUCUCCGUCAGCCGCCUUCCUCCUGCACCUGCCACAGGAACGCUGAUGCUCCUCAGCCAAUCAGAACGAGAGAUGUGAAAAAGAAAGCUAUUUUUAUUACUUCUAUCCCU